CGUUGUGCGCGCCCUGCGACAAGAACCCGCAAAAGGCGAUCGCCUACGCGUGGUUCACAUCGAUCGUCAUGGUGAUGGUCGCCUUCAUCUGCGCCUGCGCGUCGGCGGCGCACAGCGACGGGGAUGGGAGCGCGUCUCUGGGUUUCGCGGCCGUGUGGACGGUGCUUCUCCUGAUCGGUCUUUCCGUCGGAGGCUCUCUCGUCAUGCGCAAGUACCGAACAUCCCUCGCCGUGGGCUUCUUCCUGGGCGUGGUGAUCAUCAUGUCACAGACCAUGCUCGUUCUCUUCGCGGUGUUCGCCGGCCGCGCCUCCACCGCCGAGGACGUAGACGAGAAGCCCGCCGACCGCGCGUUCGCCGCCUUCUGCUUCUUCCUCUGGAUCGUCUACUCGACCUUCGCUGGCAUGUUGGCGGUGUUCCGCGAGGACAUCAUCAUGGACGACACCACCAAGUACGAGGAUGACCCGGUACCGGAAGCAUCCGGCCAGCCCCCGAUCGGCGUGUGAGCCGAACGGCGAGAUGAUGCCGAAUAAAGUAAGCUUCGGCACGGGCAGGUUGCUCUACUUUUCCUUUCCGGGACAGAAGGGGCGAAAUAUUUCACGGCCUACUGCUGUGGCGGUGGGAAAAGGCGUUCGGUGGGCGACAUGAGGAAGAGGUCGUUGUGUGGGUUUGCAGAAUGCCGCGAAUCUCGCCGAGGGCGGUCUACACAGCAGUGGCCGGGGGGACUCCAUUUCUUGUCUGCCGGCUUCGCGUGUGGUGUGUCAUACUCCUGCCGUGUGUAGGCGUGCUUUGGCGCGCCGUCCGCCGCGUGACCCGCGGGCGGGUGUGGUCCCUGGGAUAGCGUUCUCACUAUGGCCUCCCGCACCGGGGCGGACAGAGCGUCGUGUGACCUCGAUUUGAGGCGCCCGCGGUCAGAGAAACCGCCAGCAUCUGGGUAUGUUUUCUUUCCUCUAGCGGGAUUGGAGCGGGAAAUUUUUGUUCGUACUGGCAGGCAGAUUGUUAUUAAUGUUCAUGUUUUUACCCCAUGAUGCCACCAUUUACGGCGUAGCUGUCAGACGUGGAGCCGAAGACGUGCUGAAUCUUCCUCAUGAUGCGUUUGGCUAAGCACUUGAUUAAGUGGAUGUACAGGGUUGCGCUCGUAGCUCUCUUUGUCUUGAUCGCUGUCAAGGAUUGGUGCGCUGUUAUCCCUCCUGGCUUCACUUUGCAAAAGCUGCAAGUACAUCAACGCGCGUAGAAAUUUUCACGUGGUGUGCGCACGGAGACGUAGGUAGGUAGCGGAGCCAAGCGCUCUUUUUUUUUGUCAGACAAGGCUUGCCGUUCGCUCACUGUUGGUAAGUCUGUAGGAUAGGUCAGUUUUGUUUUCUAUUUAGGGGUGGCAAGGCUCGUCGAUGCUGUAAGGUGGUAUUCUAGCACCACUAUGUUGUGUCGCCUGCUCCCGUGUUUCCGCUCUAGGGGUGGCGGUCAGGAUUUGCUCUUGUGCAAGAGUGUUUGGGGGCAAGAGAGAGGGUAGGGGGGGGUUAACCCGUGGUGUGUCGUGUGCCCCACCUGAGUACGUGUUGCUGUACGCUGUAUUUCGCCUUGUGCGAGCCUGGAACCGCGAUUGUUAUUACUCUUUCUUCG